AUACAAAGAACUAUUUAAAGACUUAACUGAGUCAUCAAAAAUUGAAUCAAAUAUGGUCUUAAAAAAUUGUGAAGUAACUAUGCUAGAUGUUGAUGAAUUGGACAAUGGUGAACCAGAUAGUGAUGAAUUGUAUAGUGAUAAGUUGGACAAUAGUGAGCUAGAUAAUGAAUUGAAUAAUUAUAAACUGAAUAAUAAAAUUAAUGAUAAACUAAAAAACUUCAAGCCAGAUUAUUAUAAUAAAAAUAUUAUUGAUAUAGAUAACUGUGAAGAAAUGCAAAAUAAUAAA